GAGGAGAGACUUCAGCAUGCAAACCUUCGUCCGUCCGGCUUGCGCCCUCUUUUUCUUUCCACACUGCUGGUCUUCAGAUGGCUGCUCCAAUGCCCCAUACGCACCAGCAGUACAGUGACCGCCACCAGCCAAGCACUGACCAAUCUGUUACGGUCUUACCGUACAGCGACCAGACACCACAGCUCACUGCCAAUCAGAGGCACAUGCCCCAGUGCUUUCGUGACCCAACUUCAGCUCCCCUGAGGAAGCUCUCCAUUGACCUUAUCAAAACAUAUAAACACAUCAAUGAGGUGUAUUAUGCAAAAAAGAAGCGACGGCACCAACAGGGUCAGGGUGAAGACUCCAGUCACAAAAAGGAGAGGAAGGUCUUCAAUGAUGGCUAUGACGAUGAUAACUAUGACUACAUCGUCAAGAAUGGGGAGAAGUGGAUGGACCGCUACGAGAUUGAUUCCUUGAUAGGAAAAGGGUCAUUUGGACAGGUUGUGAAAGCCUAUGACCGCGCAGAGCAGGAAUGGGUUGCCAUUAAGAUCAUCAAGAACAAGAAAGCUUUUCUCAAUCAAGCCCAGAUUGAAGUGCGCCUCCUAGAGCUCAUGAACAAACAUGAUACCGAGAUGAAAUACUAUAUAGUUCACCUCAAGCGUCACUUCAUGUUCCGGAACCACCUCUGCCUCGUGUUUGAGAUGCUUUCAUAUAACCUGUAUGACCUACUGCGAAAUACUAACUUCCGCGGCGUCUCGCUCAACCUCACCCGGAAGUUUGCCCAGCAGCUAUGCACGGCGCUGCUCUUCCUGGCCACGCCUGAGCUCAGCAUCAUCCACUGUGACCUGAAGCCUGAGAACAUCCUCUUGUGUAACCCCAAGAGAAGUGCCAUCAAAAUAGUGGACUUUGGCAGCUCAUGCCAACUGGGACAGAGGAUAUACCAAUACAUCCAGAGUCGCUUCUACCGUUCCCCAGAAGUGCUGCUGGGAAUGCCCUAUGACCUGGCCAUCGAUAUGUGGUCCCUGGGCUGCAUCUUGGUGGAAAUGCACACUGGAGAACCUCUCUUCAGUGGAGCCAAUGAGGUGGACCAGAUGAACAAAAUAGUCGAGGUUCUUGGUAUCCCGCCUAAUCACAUAAUGGACCUAGCCCCUAAAGCCAGGAAGUUCUUUGAGAAGCUAUCGGAUGGUACAUGGAGUGUUAAGAAGACCAAAGAUGGCAAAAGGUAUAAGCCUCCAGCCUCGCGGAAGCUCCACUCCAUCCUGGGUGUGGAGGCAGGGGGUCCAGGUGGCCGGCGGGCGGGGGAGUCUGGCCACGCUGUUGCUGACUACUUGAAGUUCAAGGACCUGAUCCUCCGGAUGCUGGACUAUGACCCCAAGAGCCGCAUCCAGCCCUACUAUGCCCUGCAGCACAGCUUCUUUAAGAAGACUGCGGAUGAGGGGACCAAUACAAGCAGCAGCGUGUCCACAAGCCCUGCACUGGAGCAGUCCCAGUCUUCAGGAACCACCUCCAGCACCUCCUCUAGUUCAGGAGGGUCAUCUGGGACGAGUACUAGUGGCAGAGCGAGGUCAGACCCUACCCAUCACCACUUGCACAGUGGAGGGCACUUCGGCACGGCCAUGCCUGCCAUCGAUGGUGACAGCCUCUGCCCACAGGCAAGACAGCCUUACCCCCCUCCGCUGGUGUGGGGAGGUGGCGUUGGACCAGAGUCAGUCACUGGAGAGACCCACCCAGUUCAGGAGACCACCUUCCAUGUUCCCCCUCAGCACCCUAAGGCCCUGCAUCCCCACUCACACCCUCAUCACCAUCACGGGCAGAUGAUGGCUACACGCCCACGCCCACGCCACUACACCUCCCCAACACACAGCUCCUCGACACAGGACUCCAUGGAGGUGGUUCAUGGCCAUCUGUCCAUGACCUCCCUGUCUUCCUCUGCCUCCUCUUCCUCUACAUCGUCCUCUUCCACUGGGAACCAUGGCAACCAGGCCUACCAGCUCCGCCACUUGCCCGCUGGUGCCCUUGACUUCGGUCAGAAUGGUGGGCUGAGCAUGGGGCUGGGUGCCUUCUCAAACCCACGGCAGGAGACUGGCAUGGCAGCACACCCUGCAUUUCCCAUGGGCACGAACACAGGGCCUGCCCACUACCUAGCAGAAGGCCACCUGGGCAUGAGGCAGGGUAUGGACCGGGAGGAGUCUCCAAUGACUGGAGUGUGUGUGCAGCAGAGUUCUAUGGCCAGCUCGUGACUGCACUGACAUUUGGCUGUGUGUUCCCCCUGUGCGUCAUUUUUAAGGUGGUGUUUUUUACUACAAGGUGUGUUGAGAACAAAAGCUGCUCACGUCAGAAGGGAGAUAUCACUGAACCGCUAUUACAGAGAAAAACCUUUGUUAAAAAGUAUAUAUGUAAUUUUCAUCAGUUUUUCUUUUGCAAUCAUUAGGCACAAAAUAAUACUGCGGAAUAACCAUAGUAAGAUUGAGACAUUCAUCUUAUCAUUUCACCAAUUUCAUGUAACCACCAAGUAAUCACCAUAUGGUAUUAUGUGGCAAAUGUUCUGAGGAGCAUUUCAGAGUGAAGUUUGAAGCUGUUUUACAGGUAGCUGUCAGUGAUGAAAUGCUUGGCAUCCUCUUUCGGUUCAAACCGUGGAAUGCCUGACAAUACUGUUCCACUGGUUAUUAAUUAUUUUGCCCUUUUUUAAGUGAAAUUUCACGUAAAAGCUGCUUGUAAAUCCUGUAGCUUGACAAUGAGGGGAAGUGUUUGCGGUGAUAUUUCUUGUUGGUCGGUAUUGUGCAACUCUGUAAAAGGGGAGCACAUAGCAGUGGAGUCCCUAUAGCGUGUGCUGGCCGGGUGGAGAGGAGACCCCGCGGGUGGAUACUGUCACCGGCUGGGUUGGGGGAUAGGGAAGCACCACCCCUCAGGCCUAGAGGUCCCGUAGUCCUGCAAGCUGCGACGGGGCCUGGCACAGACGAGAGCAGCAGUGGGCUCGGGAGACGAAAGGAUCCAGCCCAGUGAGAGGAAAACAGUCAGUGGCUGGUUCUUAGAUAACCCUUUGGCCUUAUGACUCAUGGACUUGGAAAUGGAAUGGAGCUGGACAUUAUCAUUUGAAUUAAGAUGGCUUUUCUCUAUUUUUCUCUCUAGACAGCCCUUAAUUCUUUAAGGAAAUUAAAACAACAUAGAAAAAGUAAACAAGAAUGGUAAUUUGAGGCCUUUCUCUACAAAGAUUUCUUCUUCAGCAGGGCCCCACAUAACAGGGUCUUAUUGUACACAACAACCUCCUAAACAUUACUUCCUUGAAAAUCUUAUUCACUGAUUAAGGAUUUUCCAGUGGAAAGAACUAUCUAUUCCAGAGUCUACCCUUUUAUGUUUUUGUUACUUUUCCCUUUUGCAUGUAGUUCCUCAUCAGAACCACCUGCACAAGUCUCUCCAUCCAAAACAUGGAAACUGAAGAAAAAAAAAUGAGUUAAGUGACUGCCUUUUUUCUCCUCAAAUUAUGCUGUGAAUUUUACAAGAAUUUAUUUUCCCUUUGGAUAUGUUUUUAUACCAAAGCAGUUGUUUUAUAGCAUAUAGGUGUCUGUAACCAAUAAUGUAGCAGUUCACCACUUUUGACGCAAAGUUUAUUAAGAUCUUAUUUUAACGUCAAUACAAAACAGCUGCAAUAUAUUACUUUAGCAAAACUGGAGACCGUUGUUGAGACCGUUGGCUAUUGUGUAUUCUGGCCAGAUUUGUUUGCAAUGUUUUACCAAAACUGUUUCCAUAUUAAUUGGUAGAUUAUUUUGGGAGUCUUUUAAAACUUUGGUAUGUUAGAGAAUUUGGUAGUUACUCUGCAGGCUCCGGAGUAGCAAGAUAGAAGCUGAUGGUUUAAAAAAAAAAAAAAAAAAAGAAAAAAAAAGAAAAAAAGAAGAAAAAAAAAGAGACUAAUGCGUUCUAUUUCUGUGUCGUCGUUUUUCUUUUGCCCCCAUCAUACUAUUUCAAAGGGUUUUGCUGCCUUUCAUACAUCAUUUGGUCAACUCGCUAGUUUCUGCCAUGAAACAAGACUUUAUAUCAUUGUCCUGGCAGGGUAAGGAUAAUUGUGGCAAAUCAGAAUUUGUUUUGAAUGGUAUUGUUCUGAUUUGGUAGGGCAGAUCCCCAUGAUUGUUGUCCUAUUCAAAGGGAAAGGGUGCCCGUCAGCCCACAAUCACAUGCUUGGCUUAGGCAGACAUGCAUGUCCCAACAUUACAGUAACCAGAUUUUUUUUCUUUUUCUUUUUUUCUUUCUUUUUUCUUUUUCUUUUUCUUUUUAAAUUUUUUUUGUAUCAGGGAUUUUGAAGUGCUUUUCUUUUUCUGUUGCUCAUUUUAUCAACUUUGAAAUUACAAAAAAAGGAAAAAAAGAAAAAAAAAACAAACAAACAAAAAAAAAACCUGCCCGCAACAACCUUUCAGAUUGAGGGCAGGGCACAGGUCAUUUUCUUGUCAGUUCAGAGAAACUAUCAUAAGGAGAAAUCAUGCUUGGUAUUUCCACAAACACAAAUGCAAAGCUACCUAUAAUGAGAUUGGGGUUUUAUCUGGAUGUCAAGGUUAAUUGCAAAUUUGCAAUCAUUUUUCAUAACCCACAGAAUUUGAGACAUUCAGAAAUAGCCAGUUGUUUUAUUACUGGCACUCAUACUGGUACUAAACAUUCCAAAAUAAAGACUGAGAAAAAAAAAAUUGACUGCAGUGACUCGUAAGUGUGCGCCUAUUUCAGAUCAUGCUGAUUGACCUCUUAUUUAGAGCAGUUGUCAUGAAAUGCAGCCCCUUUUUAAUAGUUGAAAUAGAAUUUAUGUAUAUAUUUAUAUUUUUUUAAUAAAGGAAGUAUAGAACUCACUACCUUGCUCCUGCUGGUAUGUUGAUUAUGUUUGUCAAUUUGGUGACCAUUCAGUGGGCAGGAACUCCUGUUUUCUUAGUGGCAAAACCUUGCCUUUUGGCAAAGGUACUUGACUACAUCAGGACAACACUAUGAGGUAGGGUUUGAAUCAAACAGGGAAAGCUAGAUCUUCAAACCUUAAUAAUAAUCACAGGGUAUAUUGUAAGUGCAUGUACAUCACAAACCUUACUUUUUGGUUAUAUGAGAAGCACAUGGUUGAAAAAAAAAUGGUUACAUUUUCCAUAAGCCUGUUAAGUUUGUGGGUUUUACACAAACGAGUAUACUUGUUAACAUUAUAUCUAACACCCAACAGAAAUCAAAAGUCCUCUUAUUUAAUUUGAAUAUUUUCCUUCAUUUUUGAUUUCACAUUUUAUCACUUUUUUGUACAUGCAACAUGCACUAUAGAGUUGAACAGCAUGGGGGAAAGGAUAAGUCCAUGUAUCCACAGAUUGUAAGAUCUAGUCAAGACUUUGCUGUGUUUAUGACAAUGCCCUUUGUAUUAUAUUAAGACAGUCUUAUGUAUGAUAUAUAAAAAGAAGUUAAUUGAA